UGGGAGCUCCAUUCGCCAGGCGCACGCGUGUGUCGGGUUUGCCAUGGUGCUGUUGCGCCGCGUGGCGCUGCCUCUGCUGCUGGCGCUGGCGGUGGUGGGUUGCCCGCGGGUGGCCUGGUCCCUGGUGUGGUACACGGCCUGGGUGACCACCAUGUACACCGACCCCGGCACCAACCGCACGGUGCAGGAGAGCACCGAGAGCGGCCGCUACGGCGACGGCUCGCCCAAGGACAACGCGCAAGGCCUGGUGGGCAUCCCCGGCGGCAGCGGAGGGGAGCGGCCGCACAUGGAAGGCUGCGCGCCGGGGAUCGACUACGAGAUCCCCAGGCCGCCCGGAGCGCAAUCCGCGGGGACGCCUCCGUCGUGGAUCGCUCUGGUGGCGCACGGGGGCUGCAGCUUGAAGGACAAAAUCGCCAACGCCGUGAGGAAGCGGGCAGCUGCCGUGGUGAUCUACAACGAGCCCAGGUUUGGCAACUCCACCCUAACCAUGUCCUAUAAUUACGGUACUGGCAAUGCAGUUGUAAUUAUGGUUGGAUAUCCCAAAGGCAUGGAGAUCUUGGAACUGGUGCGAAGAGGGAUACCAGUGAGGAUGUCUAUUGGUGUUGGCAAGCAACACGUGCGAUAUAUCAGUGGACAGUCUGUUGUAUUUGUAUCGAUUGCAUUUAUCACCAUGAUGAUCAUAUCAUUGGCGUGGCUUAUAUUUUUUUAUAUACAGCGCUUCCUCUAUAGUGGAUCGCAUUUUAGAAGCCAGGGCCAUAGAGAAGAAACCAUAAAAGCAAUUGGCCAGCUUUCACUGCAUAUUGUAAAGCAUGAAGAUAAGGGCUUGAAUGUCGAUGCUGAAAAUUGUGCUGUAUGCAUUGAAAACUACAAACCAAAGGAUAUCGUUCGAAUCCUACCUUGCAAGCACGUCUUUCACAGGCAUUGCCUCGAUCCCUGGCUGCUGGAACACAGAACGUGUCCAAUGUGCAAACUAGAUGUCAUCAAAGCUCUCGGAUAUUGGGUAGGUUGGAAAUGUGUAACAUAAAUCUGUGAUAAGGCUCUAGGCAUCCUGUUUGGGGCCAAGUAAUACCUGCGCCAGCCAAGCAUCCAGCCAACCAUGGCAUAUUACUUUUUGCAGGGAGGAGCC